AUGAGACAAAUUAGGAACCGAAGCUUCCAGAACCGAUCUGAUUCUGAUGCUAAAGAGUCUCCAAGGUCUCUGCCGAGGACCAAAGAUCGGCCUACGUUGAAUCGAAUAUCAGAAAGGGAAACCAGUCCUGAGCCGAACAUCAGUAAAAGACCGCCCCUGCCGCUGCCAAUUCAUUCUCACGAAGCUGAUCCUUCUGCGCACCACCAAGACAGGACAUCUUCGUACGACGACUCGGGGUCAUUGGUGGGAAGCCUGAAAAGGUUUAGAGGAGAGAGAGGCGCUUCUCCGGCACACUUAUCCAAAACUCCGCUGCAACCAAUCGAAGAAGCCUCUCAAUUUAAAAACAGCACUCUCACCAGACCUAGAGCUGGUAUCGGCCAAGCAUCAGUGACCUCUGAACUGAACAACAUCUUGAAGAUGAGGAAAGCAUCUGUGGGGGUCCCAAAGAAUUACAAUCCACCGCCGCCUCCUAAGAAACACUCAAUCCCAUCUCGUAUAAGGAAACAGUACUUCGGAGCUGCAGACAAUUCGCAUCAGCCUGAGCAGAAACCAUUCGUAGCAGAAGCACCAAACCCGCUGCCCACUGGAAAGUCAGCUAUUCUGCUAGGCCUGGCACCGGGCCCUGCUCCCAGACAGCGGCUGAAGCCAGCCCCUCUCAACCCUGCCAAAACCCCUAACCCAGUGAAACCGGCACCAAAAAUCCCUAACCCACCAUCAAAACCAGUAGCAUCUGGUUACAAGCCACCCAAUCCGCCUCUAAAACCUUUAUCUGAAAGGGCUACAUCCCCUAAACCAGCUACGGCUCAAAAGCGACUGACAAAUGCACCAGUUAAAUCCUUCGCGCCAGGGAAGUCAAUACCUGUGCUUCCUAAAACAACCCCUACAACGAUAGGGGCUCCUGGAACUCUCAAGCCGGUCGCCCAUGUGCCUCCUGUGAAACCUUUGAAGGCACCAAAUCCGCAGCCCCCCAAGUUUGAGAAUCCAGGGUUUUCACAAAUUCAUCCACAUGAAAUGAGUAAACCACUCCCUCCGCCUCCCAGAGAAGUUGUUGAAGAACCAGUUUAUGAAGAAUAUGACGAAGAACCGUAUUACAACGAAGAAUGGACGCCACCCGACCCAGAGCCUGCAAGGUUUGAGAGACCAGUGCCACCCAACCCAGAACCUCCUAGAUUUGAGAGACCAACAACACACUUCGCUCCUCCAGUUACAUCACGUCCUAAGCCGCCACCACACAGGCCACCAGUACAAGAAGAAAUAUACGAGGAGUACCCUGAAGAACCUGUUUAUAAUUCUGACGAAGAAUGGACGUACGAACCUCUGGAGAAAUACAACAUAUACUCCAGUUAGACUUAGGUAAUUAUAGGUUAAUUUAGGAUGCCUGUAUGGAAACGUCUUUGUUUCAAUGGUACUGAGGACCAUUCAUAGUUAAUUUUAAGUAUAGGGUUGCCAGGUGUCCGGUUUUAGCCGGACAUGUUUGGCUUUUUACGGUCU